GACUAAAACAGCACAAACAAUAAUGAGUAUAAUAAUACGAGUGAAUGACUGGUCAUUUCAAUAACUAGAACACUAAAUGUGCUGUCGAUUAAAUGGCGAGAUAGCAGUAGUUGAGUAACACCGAUGAUCUCGGUGUUGAUAAUCGCAUCAUCCCAGAAGAUAUGACGGUUAUGCCUUCUGGAUCUGAUGUUGCUGACAAAGCGGUAUCCACUGAGGACGCCUCGGAGAUGGUGCAUCUUGAUGCUGUACUAGCAGCACUCGUUGAGACUAAAAUAAAGGCUAUUAAAAGUGCCUCGUUGGGUUCAUCCAAGGCUAAGUGGCCAAGUGCACCAGCAAGCCCGAGAAGACCGAGAUUGAUGUCAACGUCAACGGCCUCAUCAUCCCAGAAUCGCAAUCACGAGCAUUUUGAUAUUAAACAUUUUGAUAGAGGGGACAUGGAGCAGAGGCGGAAGAGUUAUCGACACAGGCGGUAUGAUUCAGCGCCCUGUCAGCAGUGUAUCGAUGAUAUUGAUGAUCAUGGCCAUCAUAGACACCAGAAUGCCAUAGUCCACAAGGAGUCCAAGUCCCGAAGACGAGCAUCAGAAAUGAUACAUCGAAAUCCCAAGAAAAAGCACGGCUACUCUCGCCGAAUAAGUUCCCACGUACUCCAGGGUAUUGAUUCACCCAUCGAACUACCCGAACUCCUGGACGUUGAUCGUCUACACGACGAUUUGACACUGAUAAAUUACGAAAGAAGCCGCGAGGCACUAAGUGAAAAUGGAGAUUUACCGAGUAUACACCAAAGUGCCUACGUCACCCCAAUUCCAACGCAUCUAGACAAGUUCCCCAGGUUGUCCUCAUCGAUCACGACGAGCUACCACUUAGAGCAAGAUGGACUAUUGUUGCUACUGCCUGCCUCCUAUUUGCUAUGUCCCUACUACUUGUUGGUGUUACUCUCAGGAUGGCACCCAUCAUCGAUGACAUGGUUCGGAAGGAGAACGAGGAGCUGCUAAAUUCGUUGAACCGAGACACAUCUGUGCCAGACAAUAGUACAUCUCCACUUUAACUUUUCACUGGCUGUUCCAAGAUGGACACACAGUUGGCUGCUGCCAGAUUAAAAAUCGAGACCUCAAAAUCCCGAGGCCCCAAGA